AUGUCUGUGUCGCUACGCAAUGCUGCUACUACUAUUCUCUCUUUGCAUCUCCUUCUCUUCCUUGUUAAUGCUAACUCAUCUAUAGAUUCAUACAAAACACUCAAAAUGAUCUUCAACCCAAACGCCACUGUCCCACAAUCACCUCCACGCACACCCGCUUUCUUCAAAGACUUCACCAUCAACCAAUCAAAACAUACUUGGGCUAGAAUCUACCUUCCCCGCAAACCAAACUCCAUAAAGCUACCCCUCAUUUUCUUCUUCCACGGCGGCGGCUUCCUUUUCUACAGCCCCGCUACAGCUUACGUCCACAGCUUUUGCACCGACCUCGCCAACAAAACUCAAUCCGUCGUCGUUUCACUCAACUACCGCCUCGCACCACAGCACCGUCUUCCUGCGGCGUAUGAAGACUCCGUGGAGCUUCUUCGCUGGAUUAAAACCUCAAACGACUCAUGGUGGAAACGUCAUGCUGAUUACUCAACAUGUUAUCUCAUGGGUGAGAGUGCUGGAGGUAAUAUCGCAUACAACACGGGUCUACGCGCGGCUGCAAUAGUUGAUGAGAUUAAACCGGUUAUCAUCAAAGGGUUGAUAUUGAUUCAACCGUUUUUUGGUGGGACAAAGAGGACACCAUCUGAGUUAAGGCUUGAGAAGGGUACGAAUCUACCUUUGACUGUUACUGAUUCGAUGUGGGAAUUGUCUUUACCCGUAGGUGUUAAUCGUGACUACGUGUAUUCUAAUCCAACGGUGAAUGGGGGUGAUAAGGUACUGGAGAAGAUUAGUUUGUUUGGGUGGAAGGUUGGGGUUUUUGGGUGUGAUGGGGAUCAACUUGUGGACCGUCAGAGGGGAUUUGUGAAGUUGCUUGAGGGUAAAAGUAUCCAUGUUGUUGGACGAUUUUAUAGUGGGGGUAGACAUGGUAUUUUUAUGGAUAAUAACACCAUGUCUGAAAAAGUGUUCGAUCUAGUCAAGAGUUUCAAUUCAUGA